AUGUUUGGGAAACAAGACAAAAUGGACGUUAGAUGCGGUUCAGAGACUGAAGCUAACCGGGUCUCGAAGAACGGACAUAAGGAGGGCAAGGACAGCAAAGGGUCUGAAGGAAAUAUUUCUACUUCUUUUUUGAAGGAUCAGCAAGGGACUUUUUCCGCCUCUGCAGCUACGGAAGAUUGUAAUAAAAGUAAAUCUAGUUCGGCCGACCCGGACUAUUGCAGGAGGAUCCUGGUCAGAGACUGCACUUCUGCUGAUAAGUGUGACAAAAUCAAGCAAGAACGAGAUGAGGCUGUCAAAAAACUGGAGGAGUUUCAGAAAAUAAUUACGCUUAACAUGUCAUUUAGCGAGGGUGCCCCUGCCAAGGAGAUUGUUGGGUGCUGCAGUACCAUUGAGUGGGAGUUUCUCGCAGUCAAUGCCAUCAGCGGCUUUUAG